UACCCGAUACUCUCACCCGUCACCGUCUUUCCCCUACCCCGCCUUCGAUGGGCAACAAUCCUUCCAAAGGCCCAGUCGGCGAUGUGCCAUCAGGCCAUAUUCCCAAUGCUGCCGUUGAGCGAAAAGUCGUUCGCCGCGCGUCACAAAAUACAAUCCCAACCACCAAGGCGACCGCGGCCGACCCGUCAGCGUCUCGAGAGACCGCCGCCGGUCACUCCGCAGGAUAUCAAGGCUCCGUUCAGCAUCGGCUCCAAUCCCGAAACCCGCCGCCCGGUACUCCCAGGCCCAUAACUAGACCCGAGAGGCCAGUAGAGAGGAGAGUCGAACCACCGCAUAGCAGAGAAGUCGCCUCGCCAGACCAUUCAAACCCGGUACAGGUGCCGAUUUCACGCCAUGCCGCGGGGCGAGACCCUGUGGCACCUUCGGCUCCGCCGCUCAACUCCUACUAUAGUGCCUCGACUCACCUGCAACGACCUCCGCGCAUGCCAUUACCGAUUGCCGAUGCUACCACUACACCUGGAUCGCCGGUCAUCGGACCCGAGGACUCGCAUAUCCAGUCGAUGCCUGCGGACCGGCUGUUAGAUGAACAUAUGGAGGCAUCUCAUUAUAGCAAUGCUACCCUGGAUGGUGAUGAGAUGGUGGAUGAGCUACGACCGUUUGGUGUCGGCAAGGCGGUGCCCACAGUCAUCGAGUGGAAUGGACCUGGCGAGAAGGUCUACGUUACCGGUACCUUUGUCAAUUGGGAGAAGAAGUUUAAGUUACACAGAAGUGAGACCAACGCCAAAGUCAUGACCGCAACAUUGAACCUGCGUCCCGGCACCCAUCAUCUGAAGUUCCUUAUCGAUGGUGAAAUGCGGGCUUCAGAUGAUCUCCCAACGGCUGUCGACUUCACUAACCACCUGGUGAAUUAUAUCGAAAUUAGUGCGGAUGAUGCUAAUGACAACUCAUCUGUUUCGUCCGGAGUCCGGCCAUCACAAACACCCCAGGAUAAUGCCAAGGACCGACAAACAGAGGAUGCGGAAGACGAUCCUCCGAAGAACGGGGAAGCUGAGGAGGUCCCUGCAGGAGACUUUGGCAGUGCUAUCCCUCAGUUCCUUGCUGACCUGGACAAGGAAGAAGACAGUCCGGCAUACUUGCAAGCUGCUAAUGUCAUUGGUGACACUCCAACCCCGCCCAGUCUUCCACUAUUCUUGGGUAAAUCGAUUCUCAACACCCUUACCCCAACAAAGGAUGAUAGCAGUGUUCUUAAUUACCCCAACCACACUGUUUUGAACCAUCUGGCUACGAGUAGCAUCAAGAAUGGUGUUCUUGCCACUAGUGUCACGACCAGAUACAAGCGCAAGUAUGUCACAAGUAUUUUGUACAAACCCACCGGCGAUAUUACUGGGGAAUGAUCCAUGUCUUAGCAAAUACCUGCAAUUUACCUCGGAGUGCAUGGUCCGAGAUCUCUAAGAAAGCGCAAACACCCACAUAUUUCACCAUACAUUCAUUUACUGCCUAGCCACGAGGGCUAUUACCCUUUCGGUCGCAACGAAUAACUUGUGCCAUGGAUGCAUACAACAUUGAUCGAAGAUUCUAAAAACUUUUUGAAAGCCAGCCAGCACAAAGGACAGACAUUACUCAUAUUGCAUGGUUUUCUAUUCGAAGGCGUUGCUUCACGAUAGGUUUGUGUCGGAGUUGAUAUUGUAGUCAUGCAGAUUCGAUUAUUUCAUGACCGCGCAGGCGCGCACUUAGUAGUUUGGUUAUACACAUCUAUUUCACUGUGAUUUAAUUUUGAAUACACCAUUUGAUUCAAGA